CCUGACGUUGAUCCACUUCCGCUAUGAAUCAAGCUUUCGAUAUUUUAAACAUUUACACUAAAAAAUGCAAUUUUUAAGUAUUUUGUGUGUUUUUGUGUGUGUGAUGACUAUUUCUGAGUGUAGGGAUAGCGUUAUAGUGCAUACAAAACACGGGGCUGUCGAAGGGUUUGCCAUUCCUUCACAGUAUGCUGCUAAACACAAAAAACACAUCAAUGUUUUCCUUGGAAUUCCAUAUGCAAAGCGACCAAUAGAAUACAACAAUGAUCCAAGGCUUUAUCGGUUUAAGAAACCAGAGCGGCCCUUUUGGGAGGGUAUAUGGGAUGCAACAGCAUACAAACCAGCAUGUCCACAACACCUGUGGUAUGUGAAGGAGACAGUUCCAAACAUGGGAAAUGCCAAUAUGAGCGAGGACUGUCUCUACAUGAAUAUUUUUGCACCAAGGAAUACAGAAGAGAUCCCAAGUAACAGCCCCACACUGUACCCUGUAAUGGUGUUUAUCCAUGGUGGAGGGUACGUGAUGGGAUCCUCCCACCAGUAUCCUGGAGUCUUCAUGGCAGAGAGAGAUGUGGUAGUAGUGACCUUUAACUACAGGCUAGGACCACUGGGAUUUUUAAGCACAAACGAUGCCAAUUCUCCAGGAAACUACGGAAUGUGGGACCAGUUAAGAGCUUUAGAGUUUGUCAGAGAAAAUAUUCGGAGUUUCCGGGGAAACCCCGGCAUCGUCACAAUUUUUGGUCAAAAUACAGGGGCAUCUAGUGUUGGUUUACAGAUUUUGUCUCCUAGAUCUGUCAAUCUCUUUCAACGUGCCAUCAUGCAGAGUGGUUCAGACAGGAGUGAGUGGGCGAUCAUUAAGUCUAACAAUGAUGCCCUGCACUAUGCCAAGGAGCUAGCACGGGAGCUUGGCUGUCCAACUGGGGACACAUACAGACUGACCAAAUGUCUCACAGAACACAGGUCAUACGGAGAAAUUGUAAACGCCUCGUCAAAAGUCAGAUUAAAGCCUGGGUCAGUCGGGAAUCCUUGGGGACCAGUGGUUGAUGGGUCGCUGGUUGGGACAGUUGAUGCAUUCCUACCAGAUAGUCCCAAAUUCAUGAGAGAAACGGGCAAUUUUAAGCGAAUUGUCGUGAUGGCAGGACUAAACAAAGAUGAUGGUUCAUUCUUCAUCCCCAAUUUACCUACACUCGACGAAGGAGUACAGAAAAUCCAAUUUGACAAUAUUGUCAAUGAAUUUUUGAGGGACAGAGGGGUAAAAGAUAGUGUCACCAAAGAGGCCAUGAUCUUUCAGUACAAGUACUGGCCACAACCACAAAAUCAGACCAUGAUACUGCAUAAGACGAUUGAUAUGAUGUCGGACUAUCUGUUUGGUACUGGAAUGAACGAAGCUAUGAAAUGGCAGACUGUCCACAACAAGACAUUUUUUUACGUCUUUAACUACUUCUCCUGGAAUGACUACCUUCCAUAUUACAGAGGAGUGGCACAUGGACAAGAACUCCAGUACAUUUUUGGCUUCCCAUUCAUCAACCAGACCUACAUAGACUUGCUGGGGGUGUAUCCUCGUCAGCAGUAUGACUACGCUGACAGAAACAUGAGCGAAUACAUGAUGAGUCUGUGGACUAAUUUCUCCUCAUACGGAGAUCCCACACCUAGGCGAUUUAAUCUGAAUUAUUUUAAGAAUACAACAUGGCGGGAGUACAAUAUAUACAAUCAUAGCUACUUUUACAUUAGUAACUCGUCCUAUAAUUACACCAACUACCGACAGAAGGACUUUGGAUUCUGGGCCAGCUAUUUCCCUCAGCUAGCAUCUCGACCAGGAAGUUCAGCCACAUCAUCACCCAUAAUAGAAACCAAUGAGAAUUUCCAGAUAUCAACGUGGUCGCUCACUGCUCUAUCAUCGUUGUUGGUAAUCAUUAUUAUAGCCCUGUGUAUUGUCAACUACAGAAAUAGGGACAAAGACUACUGACACACUCACAGUGGGUUUUUUUUUUUUAGAGAGAAAGACUUUUGAACACUUAUAGUGUUUUCCAAAGAUAUUAUUGAGAUUUUUUUUUUAAAUUCAUGUUCUAUUGUUGAUUUAUGUAAAAUGUGAUUUUACACGUAGUGUAAUUUGUAUAUUGGACUUUUUAUGUACUAAUCUUAUACAUAUCAUACCAUGCUCAGUGAAUUUUUUAUUAUCAAAAUGAAUGACAAAUUGGGUUGUAGCAAUAUUCAGCAGUGUGUAUACAUGUAUAUUAACCUCAUUUUAACCCCAAUAUCUUCGUCAUUCCAAGAUUGUUGUGUACAUAUCAUUUAUGGUAAAAAAAAAUCGAUUUUAUAUACAUGUACAUAAACUUUGUAGAUAUCAUGAAACAUAUCAAUUUAUAUGAUUAUAUUUUAUAACUGCAUUGACUUGUUUAUCAUGUUAAUGUAAUGUUAAUAUACAUAUACUCUCUACAAUUUUGUAGUCAUAGUAUGAGCUGAUUCAAUGUGUAAUUUUUUUAUGAACAUUUUUAUUUGAUUUAAUGUACAUGUAAUAUAUUGUUGUAUAUUUUUUUAUGAAUUCAAAUUGUAUUUACAUUUGUGAUUAAUUUUCUUAAGGUGGUAUGGGACACCUCCACAUUGUGAGGUUCUUCCUGUUAAAGGGACAUGGUCAUGAUUUUGUUCAAAUUUUAUUUACCGGUAUCAUUUUUAUUGUUUAUAAUGCUUUAGAAAUGCAUAUCUAAUGAUCAAAAAAAAUUUGAGUAUCAGUCGUAGAUUUAUCAGCAGGAUACAGAGCUAACACUUCUUUGUUAUGUAAACAAGACUAGUGCCCUGAUUUUGUUUACAUGGGUUUAAUAAACCAGUAAACAUUCUUUUUUUUAAGCUGAUUUAUCUCUCUUCUAAUUCGUUUUAAGCAUAAAAAAUAGUUUCUAGCAUUUAUCACAUUCAUUUUAGGUCUUACACUGGAAUAUUUAGUUUACGUGACCGAAUUGCGAUACGUAGAUACAUACGAUUGACAUCGAACAUUUUUGUUAUUGUAUUAACGCAAAUAUAAAUUAGGUAUUAAAACCGAAAUAUAAUUUUUGACCAAAAUCGUGACCAUGCCCCUGUAACGAAGAAUAUUGACCCGGGUUAAAAAUUGACAAUGGGGCCAUUUUUCAACGUUGAAAAUUGAAAACAAAAGGUCGUGAAAUUUAUACUCGGGGUCAUUUUUCAACAGUUUGAAAAAGGUGUUUCUAAAAUCUGAUGACCUCGACACGUUGAAAACUGACCCUGUUGAAAAUUGAGUCCAACUUUAGUCAACUGAACUGGAAUUUGCUCUUCCCGGUUUUAAUGUACAUGUAUUUUCAUAAAAGCUUCAUUUUAAACAUUUUAAUUCUUUCAUACUGUCCGAUACAUAAAUGGACGAAGCUGAUUUGUUUAGGUUGAUUUGUCUGAUUACAGUCAUUUAAUAUUAAAACUGAAAAUUUGGUAUAUAUUCAUUUAACAAUGUUAAAAAAUAAAGCUAAGAAGAUGACCUUUUUCUUCUGAAUGAGACGGGCGAGUAGGGCUAGCAGUUGUUUGGAUAUAGACUUGAUUUUCAUUCCAUCACGGGACAGAAUUUAAAGGUCACCAAGGACAGUUUAAUUAUUAGUCUCUGAUAUCAGAAUUUGUUGUUGUUUAAAGGAAAUUUCAAGUGUACUAGAACAGAAUACAUAUUAAUGUCUCUAUUUUCUCGAGCCCUAGAAACUACGUUAGUCUUCUUUACUUGAAUACGCAUGCUCGACUUCAUGGUUAGGAAUUCUGGGAACACUGUACUUCUGUAGAUUAACUGUGCCAUGUGAACUUUGUUAUAUUAUCUAUAUAUGUAUAUAUGAUCUAAAGUUUUGUGUUUUAUAAUAAAUGCCAAAAAGUAA